AUGUAGAAACUAUCAGAUAAGGAAAAGGAAAAUGCACUCAAUGAGGUGAGAAUUUUGGCAUCAAUUUAACAUCCAAAUAUUAUUGCUUAUAAAGAGGCAUUUAUUGAUGAACCGUCCUAGUCAUUAUGCAUCGUAAUGGAAUACGCAGACAAUGGAGACUUGUUUUAGCAAAUUUGCGAUCAUCAAAAAAACAAUACUUUAUUUAAGGAGGACGACAUCUGGAAAAUAUUCAUUCAGCUAGUAAGAGGGCUGAAAUGCCUUCAUGAGAUUUUUAUAUUUCAUCGAGACUUGAAAAGUGCCAACGUGUUCUUGAAUAAGGACGGAUCUGCUAAAUUAGGGGAUAUGAACGUUUCUAAAGUAGCCAAAAAGGGUUUGUUGUAUACCCAAACUGGGACCCCAUAUUACGCAAGUCCAGAAGUAUGGAAGGAUCAGCCCUAUGACUAAAAAAGUGAUAUAUGGUCUCUUGGCUGUGUGCUUUAUGAGUCAAUAUCUCUUAAACCUCCUUUUAGAGCAGAGGAUAUGCAGGGUCUAUAUAAAAAGGUUUUAAGGGGAAUAUAUCCUAAAAUCCCAAAUGUAUAUUCUCAGGAAUUAUCUAGCUUAGUCAAAUCACUUAUUCAGGUUUCCCCAUAAUUGAGACCAACCUGUGAUAAAAUACUUGAUAUGCCAAGCAUUAAGAAAAAAACUGAAAAACUCUUUCCAGAAGACUUUUUCUAUGAGAGCUAGUCGAGUUUGUUGAACACCAUUAGAGUUCCAAAGAAUUUGUUAUAUCUUACUGAUAGGCUGCCCAAACCCCAAUACAGCAGCUCAAAAAAGAAAUAAGAUGAAGAAGAGAAGCAAAGACGAAGAACUUAUGAUCCAGGCCAGCAGAUGCUCCCAGAUAUCAAAAACUAAAAAUAGAAAAGUGGUCAACUUCCACCUCCUGGAGCACCUGGAAUAAAUCAAAAGAAAAAGAAACCAGCUAAUUAAUAAAAUGCCUAAAAUACCAAUCAAAGACCAUCCUUGAGUUAGCUAAAACUGAAUGAAAAUUCAUCUCAAGAUGGACAAGAUGAUCAAUCUUCUGUUAUGACAAGACCAUCGCCAAACAAAGUAGAUGAUGAAAAAAGAAGUUAAGCUUCAAGGCAAUCAAGAGGUCAAUCUCAAGGAAAAGAUUUAGGAGUUAUCCCAAUCAACAUCACAGAUCCUAGUAAUUUACCUUCACAGAUUCCAACUGGUAAAUCUGGAGCAGCAAAGCAAUCCAAUGCAGGAGCAGGAAGACGUAAGAAUAAUUCUUAGUAAAAGCAAGUUCCAAAUAUUGAAAGUAAAGCGGAUGAAUAUGAUAAUGAAUAAUUUGAAAAUGAUGACAAGAAUCCUACAACUGCAGGCAACAAAUCGUCUGUAAGCCCGACAAGGAAUUCUCAAAAAGAGGAAGUAGAUUCGACUUACAAUGAUUCACCUGGCUAAUUAAAUCAUAUCACACCGAUCUCCAAAAAAAGUAAACUAUCAUCACCUUCUCAACUUAUGAUGUAAAAUCGUCAAAACGUUUCUAGCAAUGGCUCAGUCGAAAGAAUAUACAUUAAUAAACCUAUAUAAUAAUCUUCAGUCCCCUAUAAUAACAUCAAGGAGUCAGCUAAUCCGACCAGUAUUUAUUAAAACAUGCUUAACCAGCAAGAGAACAAUACUACUUCGAAGAAGAAUUUGCAUUACAUAAACAUCACAGGGGAUUCUCGAGCAGUAGGACAGCUUGGCUUGAAAAAGGCUGAAAAAGAUUUAAUUAUGCGCCGAUAUAAAUACAAUCAUCAAAUGAGUGACAAUAUACAGAGAGUAGCACUGAUAUAUGGACAGCCUAAUUAAAACAACAAUGGCACCGCUUCAGUAGUGAAUCCUAAUACAAAUAGUUCUCCCUAUACCUACAGUCUAAACAGCUAGUAUCAAAACAAUCCUUAUCUCAAUUCAUAGAUGCAACAGAACAACAAUAAUCUCUCGGGCAUUCUUAAGAGGAAAUACAUUUUAGAUGAAAGUCAAUCUAAUUCAUAAAUAAGGUUACCGAGGAUCCAGAGCUUAGGAAGGCAUCAACAAGAACUACCUUAGAAUCAACUCUCAAAGCUUCUACCUCCAAUUUCAGGGAAUGCGUAAAAUGCAAACGGAAUAAUGCUUAGCAGAGUAAACUAGGGAAUGCCACCAGCAUAUAAUUAAUACAUCUUGAAGCCUUCAAAGAUAAAGACUAUAAAUAAGCCAACUCUGUCAUCUGGUGUAUCAGGAGAGAAAAUGCAUUUAAAUCAGAUUCAAUAUAAAAAUCAUAGCAACGCAUCUCAAAGCACUGCCCUGAGUAACGCUAUAAACAUUGAAAAUUAGAAAAACAGCAUCAAUCUUAGCAGUAAUAUUGGUAAAGGCAGUAUUGUGGGAAAUAGCAACUAUGGAUCUAGUCCUCUUGGCGCAAACAGCUCAAUAAAUAUAGAACUUGGGUCACAAGGAUCGGAAAUUAAGAAGAUAAUCAAAAAGAAAAAAAAUCAGAAUUUAAAUAACAAUAACUCUGGGAUGGCAGCAAUAAAUCAAUGA